CCUCUAAAACUAAGGAAAGGAAACUUUAUUUUAUUCUGUUGUUCAGAAAAGCAAAUAUGAUGCACAUGACUUUUUACUGGAGUAAGAAGGUGACAAUCUUAAUCGAUUCAUGAAAGACCGAUUCCUGGAUGAGUUACCUUCUGAGUCUAUUUGCAUGUCUCGUCAUUGCCACAUUUUACCAGUAUCUCGAGAAUUGCCUGAUCCACCUCAAGCUUGUCACUAGCUAUUGGAGGCCGUCGCGGACAGAGAUCCGGAUUCCGCUUCUGUGUGGUAUCGCCAGAGAUAAAAGGAGAUUGGGAGUUAAGUUGGCGGAAGCGGUUCUGUUUGGUGUGAACUCGGGGAUAGGGUUUUUGUUGAUGUUGACAAUUAUGUCCUUCAAUGGAGGAGUGCUUGUGGCAGUUGUGGUGGGUCUUACUAUUGGUUAUUUUCUGUUUAAGAAUGAGGAGGAGCGUGAUGAUGCUAUUGUUGUUGAUAGUUCCUGUGCCAGUGCAUAGAGUUUCAUAAUUUAAUGUGGUUUGUCUAAUUGUGUAUUUGUAACUAGAUUGGUUGGUCUUCUUGAGAUAUGUUGUAAAGAAUAAUUUUUUGUUAGGGAUGAAUUUUUUAAUUGUGAGCUAUGGUAGUGGAAACAGCAUGAAUAGGAGGGCUUUGAUUCUGGCUAUAUUAUUUUGAAGCCAUUUUUAAAAAAAAAAGAAAUAAACUAUGCACAAUUUUAC